UCAUCGGAGCUACCCAGCAGUUUCUCAAGCUGCUUUGUCCCAUCGCCGAGACGUAUAAGCUGUAGUAGAGCCGACGAUAGAAGCUUCGUUCGCACUCCAUAGCGUGCCGCCUGAGCCUUCGUAAAGAGUAGCCUCCUCCUGAAUUCGCAGGAUGGCGUUGCCCAAUACCUUUAGGGGCCUAGGCCUCUCGAUCCUCGGCCUGGGAGCCGAGUAUCCGCCCAACUCCCUCAAACCAGACGAGCUGGCUAAGCUCGCCGCGAAGUAUUAUCCCGAGUCACAUGCAAUGGAGAGGGUGUUGUCCAUAAAUCGCUUUACUGGCAUCGACACCCGGUCGUCUGUCGGCACGUCUGACCAUCCCCUGGUGAAUAAGCCAGAUGCCCCCUCGAUAGCAGAGCUUCACGGGCUGUUCGUGUCACAUGGCGUCCCGCUUGCUGUUGAGGCUUCCAGGACGGCCAUGGCAGAAGCUCGGAUGGAUGUCUCUCAAAUAACCCACAUAGUUUCCACGACGUGCACGGAUAGCGCGAAUCCUGGCUUCGACCACUUCGUAGCAAAAGGCUUAGGCAUCACGCACCCGGUCGAGAAGGUCCUGCUGCAUGGUGUCGGCUGCUCAGGCGGAUUGGCCGUUCUACGUACUGCUGCUAAUUUGGCUCUGGGCCACUCGAUGAGGGGGAUGUCCGCCAGGAUUCUUUGCGUUGCGCUCGAAGUGAGCACAACCAUGGUACGAAGCGAGCUAAAUAGCAUCGACAAGCUACAAGAAACGCGCAUCGGCGCCUGCUUAUUUUCAGACUGCGCCAGCGCCCUGGUGUUGAGCAAUGGCAUCGGACUGCCCACGGUUGAACCGAUCUACGAACUGCUAGGAUGGGACCACAGAAUCAUCCCAGACACCGAAGCCGAUCUUGGGUUUGACGUGGACCCUGUCGGCUGGAAGGUCGUGCUCUCACCCCGCGUCCCUACUCUGGCGACUCAGGCCCUCAGACCAAGUUUUGCCGACCUAUUAAGAAGCAUUCCUGGACUCCCUUCAGGAUAUCGUGAAGCGCCCGACUUCGAUUGGGCGAUGCACCCGGGCGGUUUAACGAUCUUGACGGGAGCGGAGAAGGCGAUGGGUAUUUCGCCGGAGCACAUGCGCGCUAGCUACGACCGAUACAUGAAUCACGGGAACUCGAGCUCGGCGACCAUGUUUAGCGUCAUGGACCGCCUACGAAGCAAAGAGAUGGAUGAAAUGGCCCCGGGCGGUCGCGCUCGGAACUACGUUGUGGGGUGUGCGUUCGGACCCGGGGUCUCUGUCGAGAUGUGCAUGCUGAAGCGCAACGUGGAACAGCGUGGGAUGCAGACCCCUCCCGAAACCGACAGCGAGGCCAGCAGGAGCGAAGUCGGUGAAGACUCGGUAGACUGGGCGAGCGUCGAAUCCAAGGAGUCGACCCCGGACACGCCCGGAUCCGCAGACGCCCCAGGCGACGACCGUUUUGUCGACGAAGCACUUGCCAGCGUUGAAUUGGACUGAUUGCAAUUACCUACAUGUCGGGUUAAGUCGCGACAUCGAUAUAUACACCCAAGCCGCAUCGAUAUGCAAAUGAUUCGAAUUGAUUCAUAUAUACGUGCAGUAUACCUAUAGUAAUGUCAGCGUGGGAAAGGCGGUAUGUCGACCGUAUGUACCAGUUGGCUCAACCAAAAUUGUGCUUCCUUACACCUCAAGCGAGCCGUCUUCAGAAAACCCCCCCCCC